AAGGUGGAGGCUCGCUCAACCCCUCGGCAGGUCCCUCAGCCCUGCCCAGUUCAGUCCGUCCCGGCCGGAGCGCGGCCGACAACUGCCCGCCAGUCGCCGAGGUCAGUGCUCUCUCUCGCCCAGCCACCAUGGCAGUUCCCUUCUCCGGUUCCGACUCCGGCUACAUCCGCACCGUCUUGGGCCAGCAGGGUCUGGAGGAGCAAGACAGUUCCACGCUCGCCUUGCCGUCGAAGCUGUCGGGCGGGAGAGCCGAAGCGCAAAAGUCGCUCCGCAUCCAGCGGCAAAUCCAGCAGACUUUGGCCCGGAAGAGCAGGAGCUCCCUGGUCAACGGAGGUUUGCAUCGGGCUAGCAGUGUUCCAGAGUAUGUAUAUAAAUUAGAUGGAGUGGAAACAGACUUUGCUUCAAGACCAUCUUUUGCAACUUCAUAUUAUCAGUCUCAUCAGAUUGGCUCCCAAAGUAGCUAUGAAAAUGGCUGGGGUCCUCGCAGCCUCCCUUACAACUACAGGGCAAUGGAAGAGAGGUUCCACAGACAGCCUUUGAAGAGAUUGGAGGUUUCUCCUGAGAGCAGUCCCGAAAAGCCACUUCUCUUCCACACUGACAUGCGCUAUAACAGAGCUUUAACAGUUCGACAGAAUGAGAACAAGAGAACCUGCGCCUUGCCACCAAGAUAUGCUCGUUCUGAAAUCCUUGGCUACACAAGCCGCAUUGCUUCAAGCAGAGGGCCCAGGCAGUUCUACAUUGGGCCGACCAAUGAGACCAUGGUGGACUGUGUACCUUUCAGUCCAGGAGUGCCACUGUAUCAGCGUGUGGGGAAUAGCCGGAGUCUGAGCAAUCUUUUGGAGAAGGAGAAUUAUCUCACUUCUGGGACUGCGGUGGGCCAAGCCAGAUCUUCUUUGCAUUCCCAAGUUGGAACCCAGCAUAGGCAUUCGAGCUGGCAGCAGAACACCGUCAGAACCCAGAGCACGAAGGAAGCCUCCUUGGCAACUUCAUUCGCUGAGGCAAAUGGGAAGAGGAUGACAAUGACAGCGGCUAUGGCUGCUGCUGGAGCAAAUGGCAUCGUUGAGCAUGAAAGGAUAUCUGCCAGCAGAUCUCAAAUAGGGAAUCCAGAAGGAGAGAUGAACCUGGAGCAUGCAGUAAAUAUAUUGCAAAAUGAAAAUCCUUUGUCCUCUCGAGUUCUUGCAGCAAUUGUUUUUAUACAGCACGAGAGCUUUCAGAGAGCAGAAGCCAGAAGGAAAGUGUAUUCCCUAGUUGGUAUUCCCAAACUUUUAGCGCUUCUGAAUGUGCAGAAUGAGGAAGUACAGAGGGCAGCGUGUGGAGCUUUAAGGAACCUGGUAUAUGAAGACAAUGACAACAAAUUGGAAGUGUCCGAGCAGAAAGGCAUUUCAAUCCUGCUGAGAUUACUGCGACAAACCAGAGAUGUGGAGACUAAAAAGCAAAUUACAGGUUUGUUGUGGAAUCUCUCCUCCAAUGACCAGCUGAAAAAUUUAUUGAUCAGGGAAGCCCUGCAGCCAUUGACAGAAACUGUCCUCAUUCCUUAUACUGGAUGGCCAGAUAGAGAUUAUCCAAAAUCAAGCAUCAUCCCUGACCCUGAUAUCUUCUACAAUGCUACAGGAUGCCUGAGAAACAUGAGUUCUGCUGGCCCCGAAGGGAGAAAGAAAAUGAGGGAAUGUGAUGGAUUGAUUGACUCACUGGUGUAUUAUAUACAAGGAACAACUGCAGAUCGUAAACCAGAUGAUAAGGCUACAGAGAAUUGUGUGUGCAUUCUUCAUAAUCUUUCUUACCAGUUAGAGGCUGAACUCCCUAAUAAUUAUACUGAGAGACUUUAUGUGCCAAAAAGAGAUGAUCCAUCCAGGAACAACAUUGGAUGUUUUGGAACAAGGAGCAGGAAAGCAAAGCAGAAGCAACAAGAUACGCCUCUGCCAGAAGAAAAAAGUAACCCCAGAGGCGUUGAAAAGCUCUGGCAUUCCACACUGAUCAGGAUAUAUUUGUCCCUAAUAGCAGAAAGCACUAGAAACUUCACUCAAGAAGCAUCUCUGGGCGCUCUGCAGAACCUCACUGCUGGCAGUGGACCAAUGCCAUUUGGGGUGGCUCAUAUCAUUGUCAAGAAGGUCAAUGGCCUCCCAAAUAUUCAAAGCAUGCUACAUGUGAGCAACGUAAGCGUCAGGAAAACAGCAAUCUCCCUCCUCAGGAACUUGUCUCGUAACACCUUGCUGCAAAAUGAAAUAGCCAGAGUACUAUUGCCAGAAUUGAUUGCCAUGCUGCCAAAUUACGUCCCAACGUCCGAUGUGGAAAAUGAGAUUGCGGCUUCUGCUUGCUAUGCUUUGUACAACCUGACUCAAAACAAUUCCUCAAACGCUCGGCUUCUCUUGAACAAUGAUGGCAUUUCAAAGGUUAUGAAUAUCAGCACAAAUGACAACAAAAGUGGUAGAGCCGCCUCAAUCCUCUUGUAUUCCUUGUGGUCUCAUGCUGAUCUCCACAGUGCUUACAAAAAGGCUGGAUAUAAGAAAACGGAUUUCAUCAACAAUCGAACAUUAAGAGCCUAUAAUUUACUGAGAGACUGAAAACCUGGACAGGCCUAUUGUUUUUGUGGAAAAACAAUACAAACAUGUUAGCAUCGUUCACUUAGUGCCAAGAACGGAGAAAAAGUGAGAGAGUGUUUUAUAUUUACGACGGGUGUCUGGAAUAAAGUGCUGAUCCCCAUAUUAUCUGUCAUUAUAGCCAUGCUUAUUGUUCUUCUUAAAAUCAAGAUUCAUCUAUAAACAUAAUGAAUUCCAAGCUGAAGCCUAACAAAUAAUUUUAAUCUCAAGCCUGAAACACAACCAUUGCACACAUUAUACUCGGUCAGUUUGAGGGCAAUUGUCCACAUCAAUGUCUUCAUUUUGUAUUAUGGGAAAGUAAUAACCAAAGAAGAUGGGAUGUGGGGAUUCUUGCUGAAGUCUUGUGUUAGUUUUCUUUUUGCUAAACUUAUUAUAGUGAGUGAGUGCUCCAUGCAAAACUGCCUCUUAUCAUUUUAUGAAAGUGCAGACUUUUGUAUAAUCUGUUUUUAAAUAAUAUUUUCCCAGGUUGUAAUUUUUCAGUAUAAUCCUGCAUGUAUGGUUACUGGGUUUUUUUUUUUAACUGAAGUAUUGUUGAAGAUAUUUUUAAAAUUCCUUAUACUUACACCCUGAAUUUACCAGUGCAGGAGACUUUUCAAAAUUUGUUGUAUAAAAUUUGUUCUAACAAUGCCAAGUUGCUACCCUA